AUGGCAUUAGUGCGGGCUUGGAGCUGGACGCGCAUUGAUGGCCGUAAUGUGCUGGCAAUGCCGACACAAAUGGAGAUACGUCUGUAUGAUAGUGAUGAAUUUAUUCUCUUGUCCCGUCUAGCGCCGUCAGGUCAUUGCUCGCCCGUGGCUUUUGUACGCUGGAGCGCUUUUCACGGCAAACUCGCGUCACUCUCGGCCGAGCGGAUCCUUAUUCAUGCGCCUGAGAGAGAUUUACAGCAACGCAGUAGCGUAAAGUUUACAGCUAUAUGCUGCUAUAGACUGGAUGCAGUACACAUGAAUAUACGUGGACUCUCGUUCUCGCGUAGCGCUCACGAACUGUUGUUUUGUGGACGAGAAACAGGUCUCGGCAAGCUAAAUGUGCGAGCUCAAGGCUUUUGUAAUGAUCAAGAUUUAGUAUUGUGGGAGACUGAUGAACGUGGAGUCUGUGAUGUGGCAAAGUACUCGCCCAAUGCCUUUGUGUUUGCAACGUUGAGAAGGAAAGAGAUGCAGGUAAAGGUCUGGAGGAUGAAAAAGAAGUGGGGCGACUCGGACGAGAACCAGACGUUGGAUCGAGUGGAGCUACUGCACCAUUUAGAACCAGUGGUUUAUUUUUCAUGGAAACCGUCUACGACACAGUGGCAUUCGCCCCUGGAGUCGGAUGGGAUGAGAAAAGCACAGUGGUUUGAACCCGCUAGGAUUCUCUUGACGUGUACAGCUACCAGGAAAGUCAGGAUAUGGACCGAGAAUGCCAAUGUCUGCUUUGAACCUGUUCUUGCGUUUGAUCCGACGUACUCAAUUGAGAAUGUGCGCUGGGUCAUAUCUAAGAACAGAAACAUUAGUGACGAAAAUUUCCAGGUAGUGAAUGACGUGGAGAGUGACCAUAGAGAUUGGAUAUCUGGUGUGGAUCGAAAGGGAGUGUUGAGAUUGUGGAGAUUGGUGGGGGUCAUGUCCAAAUCACCGACGGUGGAGGAAACGUCGCUUCAGAUAAAAGUUAAUGGGGAAAAUGACCGAGAUAAUGUAAAUUUGGGUAUGAGGCUUGGAGAAGUAUGUGUUAUGGCCUAUUUUUCUCAAAACUACUUCGGGAUGCCAUCAAAACUGAGCAUUGUCCUUCAGCGCGAGGAUCAUAUUAUGCUGUCUUUUCACGUCGCAGUAGGCGAGGGAGACAGGCCAUCACAGGUUUUGAAAAAGUCGUGGUACAGGAGUCACCUUGGCUCUAUUUCAGCGUUAUCCGCACAUCCAUCGUUGCCACUGAUUGCUAGCGUUGAUACACAUACGUUUGGACGCGAUAGCCCUGCGAAACAAAAUGACAUUCUUGUGUUCUGGAUCUCGUUUUCCGCGUUUUCUGUUGAGUCGCGGCUAAUUCCAUCCGGUGUGCUGCCCUGUGGAGAGAAGAGCGGGAAGGUAUUGUGCAUACAGUGGGUGCCAACGUUACACUUUGAUGCUACUCCUCUGCUUCUCGUUGCUUUUGAGUUGGGAGUAAUCGAUGUGUACGGUCGAUCGGCGCAAGCCAAUGCUGCCGUUGUGUCAUCACCGAGAGUGCAAAUGCCUCGGCAACAUCGAGCAGUCACUCGCUCUGUGACGUUGUCCGAUAAUGACGUGACAGGCGAGUCAGGUUCUGAAUUUGAGGUGGCAUGUAAAAAGCCAACGAAGUCAAAACUCGACAUUCAGUUUGAGGAGAAAAUGGGGAAAUUGCUUGUUUUACAGAAUAGCUUUAGCAAAAGGUAUCUCAGUGACGUGAUGGAAGGAGACGAGCUUGUUGGCAUUAACAAUACGAGUGUUGUGGGGAAGAAAGCGAAGGAUGUAGUGAGGCUGAUUGACUUAAUGUUACCGGAUGAAUUAUUUCUCAUGCGUUUUCGAUCAGCCCGAGGUGAAAAUUGCCAGGAAAUGAUGGCGUAUGGGACCUCUCAAUCGGCGACAUGCUUUCCAUUUAAAUUGACGUCCAGCAGCAGUGAUUUGCACGCAUCUGAGCACACAAUUCAGGAGUAUGCAUCUGAUCUUUGCCAAAACGUAUUGUCAUCGUUGGAGACACAAAGCCUGCAAAGCUGUCAUCAAGCUGACAACGUGGUCCAUGCAGGUGCAGUGUCCAUGUAUGGUGGCUGGAGACAAAUGCUUCAUGUGCAAGCAGCAUUGCAACUGUCACUAAUUUGUAUUUGUCCAUCUUACGCGGACGAUGGUGAAUACGUGCCUGAUUCCGUGUUGAUCUUUGGUAUAGAAUCAUCACCCGGAAAGCUUUGCGUGUGGAAAGGUGUACGCGAUGGUGCAUGUCAGUCGUUCAAGUUAUCGUCGUUACAAAUUCAGGAGCCAGUGAUCCAGAAAAAAGCAAACAUCACGUCGAUUGCCAGUGAAAGAGACUACCGCCAGCGAGCAUUUUCGGGUAAGAGAGCACAAGGACGCAACAGUCUAAAUUCACUGCUGUUUGUUGGUGAUGCAGCUGGAAACAUCGAACACUGGCGAUGCCAGGCUGUAGCUAACAUUAUUUACUUUACAAUGAUGAGUGCCUAUCCUGUUUGUGGAAAUAAUUCUGCUCCAUCACGAAAUGGUCACGUACUGCGCGAGCUAUCAGGGUCGUUUUAUCGUCGUGGGUAUGUUUUUGCCGAUCAAGUGGAAAAUUUUAGACGAAGUGGAGAUGCGUCUGCGGUGGUAGCUGGUAGUAUUAGCCACAUUGAAGUGGAUGACCCAAACCGCCUUGCUGUAUUGCAUACUGAUCGGCCCGAUCAACUGCACGUCUUUGAGGCAGAAUCCGGGCUUGGAAUUCUGCGUCUAGAAGAAUCUAUCUUGUCAAAUGGCCGAGGGAACAUUUUGGGUUUCAGCUGGUGCAAUUCGCAUGUUGAGUUUAAUGUUGAUGCACUUGCAGUAAGAUAUGAAUCUGCAACAGUUAUUUAUCACUACGAUACGACUCUACAUCGCUGGUUGCAAAUUGGAGAUGACAUUGUGAGCCCGUUACCUCUGUUUGAUUGUACACGCGAUUCGUCCGCUUUGUUGAUUGGAGGUGGCGGUCUGAAGGACUCGCGACCAAAUCACCGUUCAUUCCAACCAAUUUCAAAUGAGAUGCCUGUCGUAAUUGGCAAGUGGGAUGAGCCAGGAAGUCUUUUACAGAAGUCAAUGGACUGGAAAGCAGUCGAGUCUCCGCAAAAACUGCCUGUGUGGCAUCCAUUCGUGCUACUCACGACAAUAUUCGGUAUGCAUGCGCGCGUUGGAAAGAAAGAUACUUUACUUGCUGGCGACAAUGCAACUUACGAAUUUUCCAGAGGAUUUAAAGAUGCUACGCAAAUGCUAAAGCUGCUUGCGAAAGUGGUUGAGGAUAAGCAAUCUGCUCGAGCUAGUGCCAUCAGUGGGGUUCUGUCGUAUGCUGGCCCCGCACAAGCUCAAGACGCAGUUGCGAAACACAAUGACUUGGGACGUGCUCCACUACUGAAGUCGGUUGGUCGAUACUCAACAUCUAUCCAUCGAAGCGAUAAAAUUGAUAAAGCUGAAAAUCUGUUUGCUGCUUCCUUAACUGGAGGCAGUCAAGAUAGAUACACGUUUGACGAAGUGGAACCCUGUCUUGACGAGGGCGAUCAACGCACAUUAGCGUCUGGUGAGGCUGCAGCAAUUUUGGCAGCAGUUGAUUCUAUACUUCUGGGCAAAGCACAUCCAUUGCAAGCGAAUGCAGUUGUGCUUUUUGCUUCGUUUAGUGAAGAGCGCCUUUUAGAGAUGAAAGCGCUCAUAAGCUUUGUAGACGUCAUUCAGUCUCUGGGUUUUGAUUUGGACGCUUCCGCUGCAGACUUGGGGGCAAAACGUUUUUUCUCGAUGUAUUUGUUUGCAAAAUCGUUGAGAAGCGUAGUGCUUGCUCAUUGUAGUGACCACACGAGUAACCCGCAAAACGGAGAUUCGAGUCGAUUGUCUAGCAAAUUAAAAUGUAGAAGUUUGGACAGCGAGCAUGAGAGUGAUUCCUGUCUCCCAAGUCUGGGGGAGAUACCUUCAUCAGGUCUACUUUGGGCCUUACACUCGGACGCACAACAAUUUUUGUGGGAACAUUGCAUUGAACCUCGUAUGCAGUGGGAUGAUAUCCGUCUUCUAUGGCUGGGGCUUUGGAUUAAAGAUGUCAAAGAUUUGCGAGCAAUUGUGGAAAGAAUUGCGAAAGUCUCCUAUACGCGAACAAAAAAUGCUAUGGAUGUGUGUUUGUUCUACGUGGCAUUGGGAAAGAAAAAAAUGCUCAGUGCAUUGGCAAAAAUCACACAGUCAGAAUCAAACAAGACUCUAGCCUCGUUUUUCGACAAUGAUUUCUCUGAGAAACGCUGGACUGAUGCUGCAAUAAAGAACGCAUAUUCGCUGCUUAACAAGAAAAAGUACGAAGUGGCAGCUUCUUUUUUUCUUUUGUGUGAGCCGCCACGCAUUCAAGAUGCCAUUCGUAUUUUGUCGGUUCGUCUUGGAGAUUUAAGCUUGGCCAUAAUUAUUUCGAGGCUUAUGGAAUACCAAGUAGACGACAGGUUUGAAGACGCAUUCGCAUCGAGUCAAGCUAAGAUAACACCGGCAGGGGUAAUAACAAAGCAAUUGUUGGAGCAAGACGUAAUUCCGUUUUUUCGUCGAAAGCGUGACGUGUGGUUGGAGAGUUGUGCAUUGUGGUGGCUAGAAGAUUUUGAGCACGCAUGGGCUAUUCUACUUCCUCAAUUUCAAGACGUAGAUGUUUCUGGGGACAACAAAUUAGUGUCUUUCUCAAAGAAAGACAUUGUUUCCAGCGUGAUGCGAGCGACGCGCUUUUACAUCAAUCUCACGUCUCUUACUCUUUACUUUCAGCACCUGCAUUCAAGCGUGAACUGCUCUUUGCUAAGCUGGGCCAAGAGAAAACUGCACCAACAAGUAUUUCCUGACGCUCCAGUUUCACUAGCCCCGAUCUCUUCGAAUAAGAGGCGUUUACAGCUUGCUUCAACUGCAGAUAUUGAGCAUGCCUUUUCGUUUGCAGCCUACGUGUGCAAACGAAAUGGUCUGAGCGAUACAGCACUUGUAGAUAUGCUUCAAGCGCGACAGUUGAUAAAUCUUCACGCGCGUUUUGAGAUCUCAGCAGUUGCAGAUAGCAGUGACGCGCUCAGCGUUGGGAUACAAGAGCAAGACUUGGCCAGUUUGUCGGGAAGCUCAACUUCUCCUCGUUUUCAGUCACCGCCAGCAAGCUGGAGACGGGAAAACAAGUUGUUGUGCUACACUUCUCCGACUACUAACCGGUCCCCGAUAUUAACAGCUCGGAGCACGACGCGGAGACGAAUGAGCUUUAUAGAUGAGUUAUGUCUUCCACAUAUGGAUCCACAAGUGAUAGGAAUGAAAUCGUCUCGUUGUCGCUCGCGUGCAAGCUCGUUUUCUUGGUCAAGAUCGUUGCAAUUUGAAAAGUUGUCUAUUCCGACAGUGCCGUGGUUAAAAGCUCAGAUUGCUGAUAUCGAGUGUAGGCGGUGGUCAUCAUCCGCAUUUGUGGGUAAGAUGAUUGGCAUUCGCGUGGCACGCGAGAUGAUCAGCCAUUUUCGUGCCGAGCUGGAUAUGUGGUUUCGGCACGGCAAUGAUACUAGUUCUUCCACAGACGCUGUGAUCACUACAACAACUUCAGAACAGCGACAUCGCCAUCGAGUUAAGCUUCACAGGGAGUUUUUGGAUGAGUUAUGUACCCCGCUUUGUGAGCAAUUUCAAGUAGACCGCAAGUAUGUCUACGAAGCCGCGCUGGCAGUGAUGUAUCCACACGCUUACCUUCACAUCGUUGAAGUUUGUUUUCUCUUGUCAGAGCUGGGAAGAGUAUCAACAUUGCGCAAAUGGGUUGAGUAUGUGUCAUUAUCGAUGUUGCACUCGUGCUCUACAUUUGCUUCAUGCAGCAUCGCUGAGGAUGUGUAUCGAGACUGGGAAAGCCUCACUAUUCAGCUAUGUUACAUUCUUAACCUUGACGCCCAGGGACAGGUCUGCAUCCGACUUCAAGUGAUCGCAUAUGUAAGUGUUGCGGUGCGUACAGGAAUCAUCUUUUUGGGCUGGGCACGGAAGCGACCAGACAUCGUUCGCCAGGCUGUCACCUUGCCGUUUUAUGCGAACGGCACCACGAACCGUGUGUCUGCGGAUGAUCCAAGCCCUACCCUGAGCUCAUUUGCAUUUGAGACGAACCUACGCUUGUUGUGCUGGAUGUUGGAAAGCCCGGUGGUGAAUGGGCGGCAAACGCGCACAAGUCAAAUAUUUGAAGGGAAUCUAGGCUACACUUUCUUGGGCGCCGUUGCGGCACGUCAAGAAAGUGAGGACCAUAUAUCGCUUUUGUCUUGGGGCAGCGUCGAAAAUUCAGUGUGUCAAAGGCAGUUCAAGAUUCGCAAGAUGUAUACGCUCAUUCUUAUGGUGUCUGUACUUCGUACGCUGUAUGCGCAAGCUACCGUUUUCCUCAGCACGUGCCAAAGGGCUGAUGAAGACGACGAAGAAGGCACUGAACGAGACAUUGCAAGUUCGCUGUUUAUUCCCCAGAAACUAUGGAAACCAUUUGGUAAAGAUCCUUUAGAGGGGCUAAAGCGAUGGUAUGCACUCAUUGAGUCCCAUUUGAGAUGCGAAUUUGAUUACUCAGUAAAAGAAGCUCCGUGCCUGUGCGGUCUUUACGGCCUUGAUAGCACAACGAUUGAAGAAGCUGCAAAUAGGGAAUGUACACAGCCGAACUACCAAGGCGAUCUUAGUGAUGUUGGGAAAGAGGUCGUCACUAGUGAUGCUGAAGGCGAUAGCUCCGUUAAAACUGAAUGCGAUACCAACAUGGAUGAUACAGCUCCAGCUAAGUUUACAGCCGAAGAAACAAGUUGGAACAACGGUUCAACGAGUUUGAAUGAUUUUUUGCUAAAGAUCGGGAUGGACUUGGAGUUUCAUUCGGCAUUGGUGAACGCGAGUGACGAUUACGUCUUGCUGCUAAUGCAGAAUGCAGAAUUUGGUGUGCAAACAACCUCACGACGUUUUCGCUUGGACCCUCGGGUAUACGUGAAUAGUUUUGUGCUGCGAGAUGCGUUUAGCUGGUUUUCUCGCCACCAGAUCUUCAGCUGCAAUACCGUAGCUGAGACUAACUUACGAAUUCACGCGUUCCUGAGUCGCUGUUGCAAGCAACGUAAACUGCGAUUGUUAGUGACUCAUCGUGGUGAAGACACUCAGAUGUUUCCGUCGAAUCGUAAUCAUUUUCGCCCACACCAAGAAAGUGCUGCCGAUAGCAGUACGAUCUCGGGUCAGCGACGUUUGUCCCGAUCACAACUGUUGAAUGCAGCCGGAUUUUUUUAA